UUUUCUCACUCACUCUCUGUGCGCUUUGCGCGAAAAAUGUCUUCGACUCCGAAAAGGCGCGUAAAAGCUAAGCUCGAUCCUUCUUCGUCUUCGAGAUCUUCUCUGCACUCCCUCGGCGCCCUGGAGCCGCCGUCAAGCUUCUUCCCCUCGAGGGAAGAGCUGCUGAAGCUCGUCGCAGUGCUCGCGAUCGCUUCUGCUGUUGCCGUUUCCUGCAACUUCUUCGCCGGCGUCGUUAAUCCGCAAACUAAGCCUUUCUGUAACAGUGACGCCGAGUCUGCGGAGUUCUCCCCCUCCGAUUCUUGUGAGCCUUGCCCGAGACAUGGAGAAUGCCAUCAGGGAGAAUUGGAAUGUGUCCGAGGAUACAGACAGCAGGGAAGGUCAUGUGUAGAAGAUGGAGAUAUAAACGAAACAGCUAAGCAACUUUCAGAAUGGGUUGAAACUCGUUUAUGUGAAGAGUAUGCUCAACUUUUGUGUGGCGGAGCUGGGACAGCUUGGGUUCUGGAGACCAAUAUAUUAAACGAUUUAGAUGGACAACUGCACAUGAAAGAUUUUGGUGGGGAUUCGUCUCUUUUCAUGUACACAAAGAUAAGGGCAAUGGAGACCAUCGUAAAAUUAUUGGAGACCCGGGCAAAUCCUGCAGGGAUGAAAGAAUAUAGGUGUCCUGACUCAUUAGCAGAAUAUUACAAGCCAUAUAGCUGUCGCAUUCGUCAAUGGGUCCUUGAGCAUGCGUUACUUCUUGUGCCAAUUUGCGCUUUGCUUAUGGGUUUUAUGGUGUUUAUCCGGAGAAUUCGUAAGAAGCAGUAUCUGUCACACAGAGUGGAAGAACUUUAUCAUCAGGUGUGUGACAUACUUGAGGAGAAUGCUUUGUCUAAGGGAGAUAAUGGUGAAUCAUGGGUAGUUGCGACUAGAUUGAGGGAUCACCUACUUUUACCCAAAGAAAGGAAGGACCCCUUGCUAUGGAAGAAGGUUGAAGAACUGGUUCAAGAAGAUUCCCGUGUAGACCGGUAUCCAAAAUUGGUGAAGGGUGAACAGAAAGUGGUAUGGGAAUGGCAAGUUGAAGGCUCUUUGACCUCUUCAAGAGUAAAGAAAAAGAGUCAGUCAGGCAAAUCCAAGUCUCCUCGAGAGAGGGAUGCUAAUUCUCUACAUCACGAGUUGAGAAGUGAGCCCAGAGUGUUGCUAUUGUGAUGGGGAGGAAGCACUAGAAGCUUACGCAUCAAUUCAAUCAUGACCCACUGCAGAGGAUCCAAGCCUUUUGGAAGCGUUGUGCUAUGCAGAUUCAGCUCGAUGUGUAACUUUUGAGAGUGGUCUCUGAGGUACUAUCGGAUGUAUGGCGUGUUCAAAGGAUCAGCAAGAGCAAACAGCUGGUGUUUUCAAGUCACAUCUUCUCCUGUAUAAUUUUCUUCAUCCACCAGUUUUCUUAUGUAUGCAUUGAAUAUCUCUUAUAUUUUGCUCAUUCGAGUCAAGCCUAGACAAUGACACUUAAGGGUACGAGGAAGGAAUUUAAGAGGAAGUUCGGUUAUUUACCAACAGCAAGAAUUCGAAGCUGAGACCUAUGCUCUACAAUCUGCUCACAACCGAUUCUAAAGUUGAUAAUGCUGGUAUAGGUUUUCACUCUCUCUCUUAUUCGUCCCUGUUUGUAUCUCCAUCCUGUUUCCACAGAGCUCCAAGCAUCAAACGGCAAACAGGUUUGUCUUCAUUCUUGAGAAUUAUUUUUCUCCCUGUUUGAAUUUAAAGCUCGUUGAAGUUGAUCAGUGGUUCUUGAAAAUCAGUGGGCAAUUGGCCCUCUGAUCUCUAUUAUUGGCUUUUAUUACUUGAAACAAAAGGAGAUGAAACCAUCUAUGCUAUGUUUGACCAAAAUAUAGCUGUGCAGUGCAAGUCAUCUUCCCUUUAGAUCUGUUGGGCCAUUCCUUUCUAUAUAGUGGCCGACCACCGCAUUGAGGCCCUCCUUGCAUUAUCACUCUUGGAGACUGACUGUUCACUGGGAAGUUGCUGGCCUAGAUUUUACAAAAAAACAGCUCAUGCACGUCAAGUCAAUACGGCAUUGAAUAUUAUUCAUUUUCCAUCAUAAUCAACUGUCAUAUGAACUGCUGCAACAGUCAACUGCUGUGAUUAUAACUUAGCAUACAAAGAGUAGCGAGAUUAGAGAGUAUCAUUGUGGUGCUUGCUUUGAUUGUAGUCGAUGUUCUUUUACCGAUCUGAAUGUAUGAAAAUGUUCGCCGGCAUAUAUUUUCUUUUACCAACCAACUACUUUUCAAUGCUUAGGUACUACGGGGUACGGAGUAUUAUUUCUUGUUUGUUGAUAGGUCUGAUUCCGUCCCUUGUGCAGUUUGUGAGUCCAAAAUUAAGCUCAGCCCAUGGAGCCCUACUCAUCAAUGAUCUGAUUCUCCUGUCCUCUCUCCCCAUCCCCUUCCAACCUAGCUACAACUUCACAUUUGGUACCGAAUAAGUCAGGAUCCUCUGAUCGAUCUUGGGGUUCUCUUCCGUUCGGUGUAGUUCUCUAGACAAUCGGCCCAUACUCUUGCGCGUGGAGUGGGCGGCUCCCUGGCACGCGCAUUAAUUAAUUAAUUAAUUUAUUUAUUUAUUUAUAAAGGGAUAUGUAAUGAAGGGUCGAAGUUAGCUGAGCGAAGAUUUGAUUUAUGAAUCGCGAAUGAAGUGAGAGAGCAGAGCAGCAAUUGCCAAAGUUAGGCA